CAGACGGAGAGACCCUACGAGUGCUGCGAAUGCGGAAAAAGCUUCACGCGGAGCUCAUCCCUUAUUAGACAUCAGAGGAUCCACACAGGGAGAGAGACCGUAUAAGUGCUGCGAGUGCGGGAAAAGCUUUGCUUUCCAAUCAGAUGUUAAUAAACAUCAGAGGGUCCACACGGGAGAGCGCCCCUAUGAGUGCUCUGAGUGCGGGAGACAGUUCAGUCAGAAAUCCAACCUUAGCGCACAUCAGAGAGGCCACACGCAGCAGAGUCCUUAUGAGUGCUGUGAGUGCGGGAAAAAGUUCACUCAGCACUCAGGCCUUAUUUAUCACCAGAGAAUCCACAGAGGAGAGCGCCCCUAUACCUGCUCUGAGUGGGGGAAACAGUUCAGUGAGAAAUCAGACGUUAUUAAACAUCAGACAGGCCACACAGGAGGGAGACCCUAUGAGUGCUGUGAGUGUGGGAAAAAGUUCACUCAGCGCUUCAGGCCUUGUUAAUCACCAGAGAAUCCACACAGGAGAGAAACCCUACACAUGCUGUGAGUGUGGGAAACAGUUCACUCAGAGCUCAGGCCUUAUUAAACAUCGGAGGAUCCACACAGGAGAGAAACCCUACGAGUGCUGUGAGUGCGGGAAACACUUUACCGAGAGCUCAUCUCUUAUUAGACAUCAAGGGAUCUACCCGGGAGAGAGACCAUAUGAAUGCUUUGAGUGCGGGAAAAGCUUCACUUUUAAAUCAGACCUUAUUAAUCAUCAGAUGAUCCACACACGAGAGCAGCCUGUGAAUGCAGGAAAAGUUUCAGCCGGAGCUCACACCUUAUAGACAUCAGUGAUUUCACAGGCUAGAGACACGCCAUAAACAUUUUGUGCAGGGCAGAGAAAAGAUGGUUUUAAAGCCAUUUGCGAAUUCCCACAAAGGGACUUUUUAGGGCUAUUUGCACCAUUUGCAUCACCCUGUUCUCUCAGCCCCCCCCCCAGGUGACUUGCCUGCUUUUCCUUCGGGGAUUGUCCUCAGGGUUGAAUCUCGUGGUCCUUUCUAUCAACUCUUCUCUCCUGUGACUCAUGGGAGUGUGUGUCCCUCCUGCCGGGAGUGUCCAUCAGGGUGGGAAGUAGGGGCGACUUCAAGCAGCUAAACUGAGCGAAAAUCGACCUGGGCUUUGCCUCCUGUAGGAUUUUCCAGCCUGCUGGAGGUAGCUAUCCUAAUGUAAACACCCUGCUAGAUUUGCAGUGCUGACAUAGCCCAGGCACAAGGGUCGGGGUUAGCUAGCACCUUCCCCUUUGUCCUGUCCUAAUCAACACCAAUUUUCAUACUCUAGACAAGCCCUGAGCGGCACAUUUAUACCCUCACCGCACUAGCAGAACGAUUGUUAGAGUCACCAAGUUCCCCCUUUGGCGACAGAUUGUCUCAUUCCCGGUUGUUCUCACGCUGGUCCAGGGCAGUGGGUUGUUUGUUUUUUUCCCCAUUUUCCUCAUUUAAAAUCUGUUUCAAUAUGACGAAGAGGAGGAGCCGGAGUGGGACAAAUGUAUCAUUUCAGCCUCUGCGACACCGGAAGGAAAUAGGGUGAGUCGGCAGGAUUACCUCUUUCCCCAUUGCCGUCACUAGGCCUGCUCACUCCAGCCCAGGAGGGUGGUGCGUCUGUGCCCAGACCUUCCCUUCCCAAGCAGACUGAGGCUGCAGGGGAGUCACUGAGCCAAGCAGAGCCUAGUGGAAAGGACUGUGUUGCAAACAGUAACCUGGCACAGACGCCUCAGUCCCUCACGUAAGCCACAAUGGAGUUUAUCCACCUCUGUUCUACCCCUCCACCUCCCACAAAGUCUCUGCACUUCGUAGCAGAUUGAUCCUAAAUCCGACUCAUUAGGGCUGGAGAUGAGUGUCCCAGACCUGGAUGGGGAAUUUCCAUGGGUCCCAACCACAGUGCGAUCAUUCCGAGUUUAAAUCCCAGUUUCUGUCUAUUGA